AUGGCAGCCGUCGCCAGCAACGCCGACUUGGUCGAGAGGAUCGCCGGCUUCGUCGCGUGCCCGUUUGGCCUCCGCACGCUCCUCGCGCUGCUGCCGUACGAGAGCCUGAGCCUCCCGUACCAGAGCUUAUGGACGCUUUCAACCGCUGUGCCGCUGUGCCACCUCUGGCCGCAGCUCCGCGUCGCCGUGCUCACGUCCCCGGGUCACGCAGUCGCCGCCGCCGAGCUCAUGGCCUUGCGCCCCGUCGUGCGCAUCGACACGUCGCCUAUUCCGCGCUUCCCUUUUCUCCGCCAUGCGAGCACGCGUGUUGCGCUGCGCUCAACCGCCGCCCUGUCCACCGUCGCCCACAUGGGCAGCCAUGGCGGCAUCGUCGAGCUCUCGCUCGCCUUGCGCACUGACGCGACGCUGCAUGACAUUGCGCUCGCGCGGCGCGUGCUGGCUUCGUUCGUCCAUCUGCGAGUUCUUGAGCUGUCGUGGCUCACGUCGCAGACUGGCGUGGUACUGUCGCCGCUGCUGGCCACCAUCGCGCGCCUGCCGCGCCUCGCCGACCUCACGAUCGCUUGUCCCGGCGUGCACGGCCUCCCGCCGUUCGCCGUGACCUUUCUAGUAACGUGGUUGGGCACAGGCCGCGCCGAGGCAGUGCGGCUGCGGCACAUCGAUCUCGGGGACGUGGCGUGCGAGGCCGUCGCCAUGGCCCUGCAUGCGUCGCGGUCGCUGCGGAUCCUCGACCUCGACGACACGAACGGUAUCGCGUUCGAUUUCAUGCAAACGCCCUUGCCGCGGACGCUGCAAAGUCUCUGUUUGACCAAAGGAUUCGCCAUCGUCGGCACGUUUCUACCGGUAGCGCUGCGGCAGUCGCACCUCGAGACGCUCCAUUUUGACGCGACCGCGACGCCCGGACUUCUUGACACGCUGCGGACGCUCCCGACACUACAUCGACUGAGCCACCUUCGAUUGAGCCUACACCAGCUGGACGAUGCGACCGCCGACUGCCUCUCGCAAAUCCUGCCCCGUCUUCUGAGUCUGGUCGCGCUCGAGCUCGAGUGGAUGGAAGAAGCGGCGGCGGUGCCGGCAGUCCACCGGUGCCCUCGCCUCCAACGCUUGGCGCUGCGUGGUCCCGGCAACGGUGCGGCGGCGUGGGUCUGCCCACCGACACUGCGCCAUCUCUGUCUCCGUGGCGCCGAUCGCGCUUCGGUUGCCACCGACCCCGCCCUCCUUGUGUGCUGCGUCCCACCAACCCGCCGCUGCGCCUUCUUCCAGCCGUGUGGUCGCGCGUCGUGCUUGGCGACUUGA